UGUGACGGUCUGCUCUGCUGCCACCUGCAAUACCAACGGUCCACACAGGGUGGCAAUACGGAGCUCUAUGCUCUUGGGGUGUUCGCUGGCAAUCACACGUUUGCCGGACGCUUCACCUUGCAGGUGUGUGCGUUGGUCCGGUGCUCGGGGUCAGAGGUCAGCUCCUGUGUAAAGGAAGUGGAGGAGGCAGAGUCUAGAGUGGACUUCCGGUUGGAGGGGAAGUUCGGAACGCGUUACGUUUACCCGUCGUUGCUAGGUAGCGGCAUGGUUGUAGAUAAACCCUACCGGAUCGAGAAGACCACCGAUGGUCGAGUGACCAUGGAACACUCAGGGAUGUCUGUCGGACUGGUGACUGCAUGUCUCUACGGCAGGGUGUACGACCAGGACUAGGGUGUGUGAGUGCGAGA